AAUCCUUUCCUUUCAGUUUCCAGUGGGUCUUAAUCCUAGAACGGAGCAAAACAGUCAAAAAAAUAUUUGUGUUCUUCCUUUACAGACUCUGGCGAUACUGCAACAGUAAUGGAGUACAUGAGUACUGGCAGUGACAAUAAAGAAGAAAUUGAGUUGCUAAUUAAACAUUUAAAUGUGUCCGAUGUAAUAGACAUUAUGGAAAAUCUUUAUGCAAGUGAAGAAGCAGCUGUUUAUGAUCCCAGUCUAAUGACCAUGUGUCAGGAUGAUAAUCAAAAUGAGGAACGAUCCGAGUCUCUACUGCUCAGUGGCCAAGAGGUGCCUUGGUUAUCAUCGGUCAGAUACGGCACGGUGGACGAUUUGCUUGCUUUUGCAAACCACAUAUCCAAUACCUCUAAGCGUUUUUAUGGACAUCGACCGCAAGAAUCUGGAAUUUUAUUAAAUAUGGUCAUCACCCCCCAAAACGGACGCUAUCAGAUCGACUCUGAUGUACUUCUCAUUCCUUGGAAGUUGACUUACAGGAACAUUGGCUCUGAUUUCAUUCCCCGGGGGGCCUUUGGAAAAGUGUACUUAGCACAGGAUAUGAAGACGAAGAAAAGAAUGGCGUGUAAACUGAUUCCAGUAGAUCAAUUUAAGCCUUCAGAUGUUGAAAUCCAAGCCUGUUUCCGGCACGAGAACAUCGCUGAGCUCUACGGCGCAGUGCUUUGGGGUGAAACUGUCCAUCUCUUUAUGGAAGCCGGCGAGGGAGGGUCUGUUCUGGAGAAGCUGGAGAGCUGCGGACCGAUGAGAGAAUUUGAAAUUAUUUGGGUGACCAAGCAUGUUCUCAAAGGACUGGAUUUUCUGCAUUCAAAAAAAGUAAUUCAUCAUGACAUUAAACCUAGCAACAUUGUUUUCAUGUCCACAAAAGCUGUUUUGGUGGAUUUUGGCCUCAGUGUUCAAAUGACUGAAGAUAUCUAUUUUCCUAAAGAUCUCCGAGGAACAGAGAUCUACAUGAGCCCAGAGGUGAUUCUGUGCAGGGGCCAUUCAACCAAAGCAGACAUCUACAGCCUGGGGGCCAUGCUCAUCCACAUGCAGACGGGCACCCCACCCUGGGUGAGGCGUUACCCUCGCUCAGCGUACCCCUCGUACCUCUACAUUAUCCACAAACAGGCACCUCCAUUGGAAGAUAUCGCAGAAGACUGCAGUCCUGGUAUGAGAGAGCUGAUAGAGGCAGCCUUGGAGAGAAACCCCAACCACCGUCCCAGGGCCGCAGACCUCCUAAAGCACGAAGCCCUGAAUCCCCCCAGAGAGGACCAGCCCCGCUGCCAGAGUCUGGACUCUGCUCUCCUUGAGCGAAAGAGGCUACUGAGCCGGAAGGAGCUGGAACUGCCUGAGAACAUUACUGAUUCUUCAUGCACAGGAAGCACAGAGGAAUCUGAGAUGCUGAAGAGACAGCGCUCUCUCUACAUAGACCUGGGGGCCCUGGCUGGCUAUUUCAACCUUGUCCGGGGUCCCCCCACGCUCGAGUAUGGCUAA